AUGUCAUCUGGACCUCCGUCCUGGUUAUUCGCCAACAACCCGUCCAAUCCGCCUGCCAAUCCGUCUACCACCGCUCAAUCGCAGCCGGGCGCAAACGAGUUCGACACCAUGGCCAAGAAGACCGACAGCAAGAAGCCCAAGAAGGCCGCGGUCUCUCCCAGUGCGCCAUCUGCCGAGCUCAUUGUACUCGUGGAAGGCUUCCUCAGCCAGUAUGCCUCCAGCGCCGCCACUGCCUUCACCAAGCAAGUCGAGAAGAAUGGCUGGGCGCGCGCCACACCCACUGGAGCUGCGUCUCUGGAGGAUGUUGUCAAGUCAUGGCAGGACAGCAACGCUGGAGCCAAAGCAGCUGAUGUCGACAUGAAGGAUGCCUCUAGCGACUCUUCGUCCUCGUCCUCGUCAUCAAGCGACUCCGACGCCGACUCGGAGAGCGAGGAUGCUCAGCAAAAGAAGAAGAAGACGAAGAGGGCCCCAGUCAAGAAAACCCUGAAGCGCAAGGCCUCCAGCAGCCCUUCUGAGUCGAGCGACUCCGAGUCUGAGCAAGAGGCCAAGCCAAAGUUGAAGAAGCAGAAGAAGAAGCAGGAGAGCUCAUCUAGUUCUUCCAGCUCUGACUCCUCCAGCUCCAGCUCCAGCUCCGACUCGAGCGAGGAGGAAAAGCCCGUCAAGGCCAAGGAAGCCGCCAAGGUCGCCCUGCCAGAGUCUGACAGCGACUCUUCGUCAGCCUCCUCAUCCGCCUCCUCGUCUUCCUCUUCGUCUUCCGACUCCUCAUCCUCGUCCGAAUCCUCUUCCGAUUCGUCCUCCGACUCCUCAGACAGCGACUCGUCAUCAGAGUCCUCCUCUUCCGACAGCGACUCUUCGUCUGGAAAGAAGAAGAAGAAGACAACCAAGAAGCAGCCCAAGGUCCAAAAGACCGUGACCAAGACUGUCAAAAAGGUCGACGAGCCGGCGACUGACAAGAUCUCGACGGCGUCCUCCGUGACGGUCGAUACCGCCUCGGCCUCCGAGGACCCUCCUCUUCCCCCGGACCCGGUGGAACUCAAGAAGAAGAAGCAGAACGAGCGUUUCUCGCGUAUACCCAAGAACAUCAAGGUGGACGAGAAAUUCGCCGACAACUCCUGGGCCCACGUCGACUACUCGAAACGGGCGCACGAGGAUCUCAUUGUGACAAAGGGCAAGGGUUUCACCAAGGAGAAGAACAAGAAGAAGAAGGGGAGCUUCAAGGGUGGGCUGAUCGACAUCUCGCACAAGGGGGCAGUCUACUUUGACGACUAG